ACACACACACACACACACACACACACACACACACACAUGCAAAGAGAGCGAGGCCCCUGAUGACACGUGAACACACACACUCAGUCCUCAGAAUGACACAGCUCUGAUCGGAGGGAGGUGAUCUCUGAAAUUGCUCAGUGAGCACCCCUAAUUUCCCUGAUUUACAUAUUGCUGUCAAUCACACCCAAUGGAAUCCAAUCAGAAAGCAGGCGUGGACCCACUGGCGGGGACGCAGAAGGAGGCCGCGCUCCAGGCGCUCACUCAGCGCACCGGAUACCAGCUGAGACAGGAGAAUGGGCAGCGGCGGUACGGCGGUCCCCCUCCUGACUGGGACGGCACGCCGCCAGAGAGAGGCAGCGAGAUCUUUGUGGGGAAAUUACCCAGAGAUCUAUUUGAGGAUGAACUGGUGCCGCUGUGUGAGAAGUUUGGCAAAAUCUACGAGGUGAGGAUGAUGAUGGACUUUAACGGGAACAACAGGGGCUAUGCCUUCGUCACCUUCAGCACCAAACAGGAAGCCAAAACAGCCAUGAAGCAGCUCAACAACUAUGAGAUCAGGAAUGGCCGCCUGCUCGGAGUCUGCAGCGUCGAUAACUGCCGCCUGUUCGUUGGUGGGAUUCAAACCAAGAAGCGCGAGGAGAUCCUCACUGAGAUGAGGAAGGUCACUGAUGGAGUCAUGGACGUCAUCGUGUAUCCGAGCGCCGCUGACAAAUCCAAGAACCGAGGAUUCGCCUUUGUCGAGUACGAGAGCCACCGAGCAGCCGCCAUGGCCCGCCGCAAACUGCUGCCAGGUCGUAUUCAGCUGUGGGGUCACGCCAUCGCUGUGGACUGGGCUGAGCCUGAGGUGGAGGUGGACGAGGAUACCAUGGCAUCCGUGAAGAUCCUGUAUGUGAGGAAUCUGAUGCUGCAGACCACAGAGGAGACGAUCGAGAAGGAGUUCAACAACCUCAAACCGGGUGCAGUGGAGCGAGUGAAGAAGAUCAGAGACUACGCCUUCGUCCAUUUCACCCAGAGAGAAGAUGCCGUCAGCGCCAUGAACGCUCUGAAUGGAAAGGUGCUGGACGGCUCUCCCAUCGAGGUGACUCUGGCCAAACCGGUGGACAAAGACAGUUACGUCCGUUACACCAGAGGGACGGGAGGCCGAGGAAGCUCCGUGCUGCAGCCCGACUACGCUGCCUACACCCUGGGACAGAUGUACGACCCGUCGGCAGCGUACCUCGGUGCUCCCGUGUUUUACGCUCCGCAGGCUUACGCCGCCAUACCGGGUCAGUUCCGCUUCCCGCCGGCCAAAGCUCACGUCGGAGGUCGAGGUCUGAUCAGGACGCCGUCGGUCCGAGAAAUUUACAUGACUGUACCUGUAGGGGCUGCGGGGGUGCGGGGGCUGGGUGGGCGGGGCUACCUGGCCUACGCUGCCGGGGGCGGAGCUGUUGGCCGAGGAGCCAGCGGCGGUGCCUCCUAUGGUCUGAAGGCGGACAAACAAGCGGAAGAGAAACUGUAUGACCUGCUGCCGGGUAUGGAGCUGACACCCAUGAACCCUGCUGCCAUGAGCCUGAAGGCUGCUGCUAUCAAACCUGCACCACAGGUUCUGGAGGAGUUGUGUCAGAAGAAUAACUGGGGUCAGCCGGUCUAUCAGCUCCACUCUGCCAUCAGUCCGGACCAGAGACAGCUGUUCCUCUACAAGAUCACCAUACCAGCUCUAGCUACUCAGUACCCCAGCGUUCAUCCCUUCACGCCUACUAAGCUGUGUGCAGCUGUAGAAGAGGCCAAGGUCCACGCGGCCGAGCACACGCUACAGACUCUGGGUCUGCAGACAGAUGGCAGCGCUGAUGCCGCCUGUGCUACUGCUGCCGCUGUGGCUUCAGUAGCCUUCCCAGGUUUCACUCUGGCAAGCCCGGCGUCGUCAGCGGUCGCCUCCCAGCUGAAGCAGGCUGUAUCUCUGGGUCAGGACCUCACCGCCUAUACCACCUACGAGGGUUACCCUGCAUUCGCUGUGACGACACGCCACAGCGACGGAUAUGGCGUUUUCUAAAACAGCGGUUCCCAAAGAGGAAAAAAACGCUUGCGGCUAAACUGCAUUCUCAUUAUUCUGCUUUUAUUUUGCCCCUUUUACAUUUAAAUCAGUGAGGCAACAAUAAUAAAGAGGUUUCAAUUCCACAGCAAAACUGGUUCCAAUAUUAAAUUUAAAUAUUUCUACAAAGAAGCAGAAGCAGAAUAGUGAGAAUGCUCCUUUAUGCUGCUGGUCACAUGGUGAGAUCUCUCCAACUAAAACUGCAGUUUUUAUGGGGACUCAAAAAAGUGAUGAUAUGUUCCACAACACCAGGGUUCAACUAGUGAGAGAAACACUUUUAAAAAACCACUGCUGGAAAACAUUUCGGACUCGUCAGUAAACCCUGAAACUAAAUCCUCACCUGUCACAUCACUCACCUUUUCUUUUCUUCAGAGUAUCUGCCACAUAUCUGUGAUCGUUUAGUGAUUGAUUAAGUAGCUGGCUUGGUUUGAAUCAAUUUUAAUCAGUUAAUAUGUUUUUGGUUUGUUUUGUUUUAGCAGUUUUUAGUUUGUUUGCAUGUUUUUAGUAUUACGUUUACAAUAUUCAGAAAGUAAAUUUAGUUAAGUUUAAUGUUUUUGAUUCAUAAUUCUGCAUUGUUAUCAAUAAGAUAUCCUGGAUUUGUAGUUCUUUUGAUAGUCUGUCACAGUUGGAAAAGCAGAAUUUGGUUUUGCACCACUCUGCUUCUCCUGACAGUCUGGUGAGCAUGAAAAAUAUGUGGAAAUUGUUUAUGAGGAAUCAAAAUUUAAAUGUCAUAAUACAUCGUGGAAAAGACGAAAAUCUGCAGUUUUUAAGUUCUACAAACUGUGAAUAUUAAUUUUUUUUUUAGAUUGAGAAAAUGCCCAGUCAGCUUUAUUUUGACUACCUGUGUGCCUCAAGAAAGUUUCCCUUUUGGUUGAUCUUUCUUUUUCGUGUUUCAGUAUUCUUUUCAUGUUCACAUCAUGUGUUGUUGGUCCUGCUUCUCCGUUUUUCAGUUCACAAAAUGAAAGAUCGUACAACUAGCCUCGUUUCAUCUUCAUCCACACUACACUAAUGUUAACGUUCCCUUUAACGCUUGGUUAAAGGUGCUCUGUGCAAGUUUAGUAUUUUACCAUUCGAUCCU